ACAGGGUGACCCAGCACGUGGACAGGGCUCUGGAAGAGUCCAGGACAGACAGAGCCAGGCUCAGGGUGGCCCAGGAGAUGGACAGGGCUCUGCAGGAGCUCAGGGAGCAGAGACAGGGGCACAGAGUGACCCAGAACCUGGACAGGGCUCUGGAAGAGCCCAGGACAGACAGACCAGGACACAGGGUGACCCAGCAGCUGGACAGGGCUCUGGAAGAGCCCAGAUCAGGGCACAGGAUGACCCAGAACCUGGACAGGGCUCUGGAAGAACCCAGCACAGGGCACAGGGUGACUCAGAACCUGGACAGGGCUCUGCAGGAGCAGCAGCCCGUGGCAGUUCCCAGUGAGGGCUCCUCAGAGACGAGGCUGAGCGAGGAGCCCAGCACCUGCAGCACCUCAGGCUGGGACACAGGGACCCUGGCAGGGCCGGACACGUCCCCAGCCUCAGGGGACAGCAGCUCCUUGUCCCCAUCCACCAUCGACACGGCCCGGCUGCUGCGGGCCUUUGGCCACCACCGCCUGGGGCUGGCCCCACAGCUGUCCCCCAAGCUGUCCCCCAAGCUGUCCCCCAAGCUGUCCCCCAAGCUGUCCCCCAAGCUGUCCCCCAAGCUGUCCCCAAGGCUGGCCCAGCUGUACAGGGCCAUCAGGCAGCAGAGGAGGCGCUCAGAGAAGAGGGACGAGGAGAGGGCAGCAGCCAGCGGGGGAUGUGCCCAGGGGGCUGCUGAGAGCCCUGGGGAGGGGCAGAGCCAGAGCACCAUGCCCUUCUCCUGGGACUCCACCGGUGCCAGCAGCAGCUCCUGGGGGCCCAGCUCUGCCCUGAGCCACAAGCGCCGCGCGCGGAUGCUGAGCAAGGGGAUCCAGGCAGGACCCCUGGAGAUCGUCAGCAGUGCCACCAGGAGGAACACAAGGGACGUUGGGGUGACGUUCCCCACGCCCAGGAGCAGCCAGGAGCCCCCAGGGCCGUGCCAGGAGGGGCCAGCAGGAGGCUGGCAGCAGCCCUGGGCACAGCAGGGCACGGACAGACAGAGGACAAGGAGGAGCAGGCUGCACUUCCAGCAAGGGACCCCGUGGCUUGUCCAGGCUGAGGACCUGAAAUGUGAAUCAAGGAAAGAAAACCAAGGCAGUGCCAUUGCUGGGCCAGCCUGGUUUGAGCCCUGGGGCAGCACCCAGCCCUGGAGAGAGCCCCUGAGGGAGAGGAACUGGGAGCAGCAGCCCAGCAGGGCCCAGGGGGCUGCCAGGGGGCUGGGGCAGCCCCUGGGGAAGCUGACACUGCAGGAGGCGCUGGCCCUGCACCGCCCCGAUUUCAUCUCGCGCUCGGGGCAGCGCCUGCGGCACCUGCGGCUGCUCAGGGAGCAGAGGAGGCUGCACAGGGAGCAGCUGGGACAGCUGGGGCCAGCCCAGAGGGAACAGCUGCUGCCAGCCCAAGAGCUGCUGCAGCCUGCAGGGAAGAGGAAGGAGAGCAGGAGUGAGACUCACCUGGUGUCCAGCCGAGGUUUCCUGGUGAAAGAAAGAAGAGCAAUUCCCAAGAGGGAGAUGUUUGAAAGGUCUAAAAGGAUCUACGAGCAGCUCCCCGAGGUGAGGAGGAAGAGGGAGGAGGAGCAGAGGAGGCUGGAGUACAGCUCCUACCGCCUGAGGGCUCAGCUCUACAAAACUAAAAUCACCAACCGUGUCCUGGGCAAGAAGGUGUCCUGGAGCUGAGCCCUGCAGCCAGGCUGGCCAGGGGAGGCAGUAAAUGAUUCUGCAGCCCCACGUGGUGCUAAUGGCUCCUUUUGUGCUAAUUAACCCUGCCCUGUGUGAGAAUCGCUGCUCUGGGGGUGGGUCAGGGCUUUAAAUAAAUAGCUGGGGUUUUAUAGUGGUGUUAGGCACUUCCAGAGGAAACAGAGUCUGGAAAAAGUUGGGUCAUGGUGUAUUUAUAACUCCCUGAUUGGAAUAGCAGUUUUAUAUCUUUAUUUUCAACGGGUUUUAACAAGGAUUGUUUUUUAUUUUUUUAAUUCCUGUCUCAAUGUAGCAAAUCCACUUGUUGUGUUUUGUACCUGAAUAAAAGAGCUGAGCUGUAA